AGUUUCAUUUCAGACUGGAGGGUAAGGCGAUCGUAGUACACGCUUGGCGCGGCGGACUGGCGGGAGUUGUAAUUGUUUAUAGGUUAUGUUUGGUGGUGAAGUGAAGUUUGCGUGCUACUAGAUUUGGAUUGUCGUGAACGUAAAAUAGCAAGGAUGGUGGCUGACCAAGUGUUACGUGGCUGGCUGGAAGUCAAGGUCAACGGAGGUCACCGCCAGAAGUUGUGGGCAGUUUUGCGCAACGGGUUGCUUCUGUUGCACAAUGAACCAACAGACGAGGAGCGGCCCAGGUUUGUGUACCCGCUAUACUCCGCAAGCCUUACCUUUCCCUCAACAAGUCAGCUGAUUGUGCAGUACAGGGGUGCAAACUGUCAGUUGGAGAUUGUUGGCGACACUGCACUGCUGCUAGAGUGGCACUCCUGCAUCUGCGCUCACAUCAAGGAAUGGAAGACCAAACGAAGACUCUCCAUUCUGUUCAGUAACAGGAUGAGGCUCACCCACGCCUGCAAAUUGGACUCUGUCACUGAGGACACCAUAGAUUCUCCAAAGUAUGUAAGAAGAGAAAAGGAGAGGUGGAGGCCUGCAGGGGAGAAGAUGGAGGGAGUUCAUCGUCUGAGGGAGCUGAGUCUCAUGUCCGAGGAGGAGCGAUGUCCGUGGUCCUCUCUGCCAGAAGUAACAGCCAAGAAAUGUGCAGAACACUUGUCAGAAGAGCAGCUCCAGAGUUACCAACUGCUCCUGGACCUGGUAGUAGGAGAGGUGGUAUACAACCAGGAGCUGAGUCGGUUGGUAGACCUGGCCAGAGCCUCUGUACGCUGGAAGGACUCCUUGCCGUUGUUCAACCGACGGAGUAUCAUUGCAUGUUCUCUGAGAGUGAAGAAGUGCUCGGAUGCGCUGGUGCGGACACUGGAAGAGGAGUGGUCGAAACCUCAGUCACUGGUCACUGAUCUCAGUCGCACAUUCAGCAUUCUCGAGGCGAGCUUCGACGCCAAGGCCGCCCAGACGUACGUUGCGUACUGCGACAACCUCGACGACGCCAGGACACUGUUCAGGCGGGCCACCCAGAGAGAGAGCGGACUGAUGAGCAGCGUGGUGAGUGCUCGGUGUCACAUCGAGUGUGCGCUGCUACCGAUACAGAGGCUGAGUCAGCUGCGGACAGUGCUGGAGCGGAUACGCAGGAUUCUGCCAGCAGACGACGGAAACCAGCGACUGCUGCAGUGUCAGCAACUCUUUGUCACCAUUUCCGGCAUUAUAGAACUGUGCUACAAAGUGCUGACUUCCCUGCACGGCUCCAGCUACCUGGCAGACAUAGACAACAUGCUGGACUUCAGCAACAAGCUGUCUACACUGAGACUGAGACGGCACCGGUCAUCGGGUGGCCAGCAGCGGGAGGAAGUGGAGAGAGACGUCAGCAGCAGACCGAGGCUACCACUGCCUGACGAGGCAGGUCCGGACACGUGUGCCCAGCCACAGGAAACGUGUCAGGAAACACUGUCUCCGGAACAGACCGGCAACCUGUACUCUCCCACGCCUACCCUGAAACCAAAGACGAACGGUGCUGUGAUGCCACAAGAAGAACUGAACGGAUCGUUCAACCUGAUUGACCUGCGGUCCAUGGAGAACCUGUUGAUAGAGACUAAGGUGGACUCCGGGUCGUCAUUGGAGAGCGGACCCAGCAGCAGUUCCGGUCUCGGCUCGCCAGGGGGUGACUACGAGCUGAUCGAGCUGAAGGAGUUAACGACCAAACGAUGGUCCGGCGACGGGCAGCUGCUGCAGAAGUCUUUCGAAGAACAGCCACUCUACCAAGAGUACAAUGAGACUGGAAAAACCUUAGCAGAAGUAGACUCACCAGUACAGUCCAAAUCUAUUUUUUAUGCCUAUUUGGAUAUAACAGACAACGUCUACGAAGAUGUCAAUGACAGUGUCCCAACCAGCCCGCUCCAGCCCCUGCGAACCUUGUGGUGCGAAACAGAUGAAGUUGUUAGCAGCGGCAUUUUAGAUAAGUUGACGCCUUCCCAAAUCGCUCUGCAGGAGUCAAAAUUUGAGAUCCUGACGUCCGAAGUGUCGUAUCUCAAGUCACUAAACAUCCUCAUCACUCUGUUUGUUGAGUCGGCAGAGCUCAAAGAAGUUAUUGACUGCGAAGACAGGCGAAACCUAUUCAGUAACAUUUUAGAAGUGCGGAAAGCCUCGGAGAUCUUCCUGUUUGACCUGGCAGGGCAGUGGGAGGAAGACUUUAUGUUGCCUGACGUUUGCUCGGUGAUAAAGAAACACACUCAGGCUACCUUCCGUGUCUACAUCGAGUACUGCAGUAACCAACUGCGCUUCCACCGCACACUGCAGAGGCUCAUGCUGGACAGUGAGAGGUUCAUGCCGGUCCUGUCGCUGCUGGAAGGACUGACGGCCUGUCAAGGAUACUCGCUACAGUCGUUCCUGAUGCUGCCAGUCCAGCGAGUGACCCGGCUGCCGCUGCUCAUACAGGCCAUACAGCGGCGAGUUCCUGUCAACACGCCGGAAUUUGCCACCUGUCGCUCGGCACUCACACAAGUCAAUCAGUUGGUGCAUGAAUGCAACGAAGGUGUCCGGAACAACGAACAGUCUGAGCACCUUCAAGCUUUGUCUCAGAUACUCCAAAACGACACCAAAGAAAGGGAGGAAAACAAAAUCAACAGCAAGACGCCAAACAAAUCUAAGAAAAUAAAGAAAAGACAUUCAUCGUUACCGUGGAAGAUAUUCUCGUCAAGUUCGAUGACUUCUUGCGACGACUGAGCCCCACCAAAGUUCCUGAGAGAUCCUGACUCUGUGAUACAACUAUGAUACAGUUCGGUGCGCAACGUGCCACGCUGCUCUGCGCCGCGCCGCGCCGGUUUCUAAUUAACGGAUCUAGUUCCACCAUAGUCGUAGGUUAAGUUAGGUCUAAGUGCGUUUGGACAUUGUUUGCUACUUUUCUACAAGUCUCAUUCUUGACUCGAAUUUUGUGUUUUAGUCAUAUAAGUCGCCCUAUUCAGUAUUACAGUUUUUAAUGACUUUAGUAUCAUUUUCUCAGUCAGUAACAUCGAGUACAAUAUAGAAGAGUAAAUUAUUUGUAUGCUUAAUUAUUUUUUAGGUGCAUUAAGUUCAAUAAGUUUUAUUGAUUAUUUUUACUCUGUUAUAUUGAGUUAAAGCAGUCACAACUCAGAAAUAAAUAAUGUCAAAAAUUUUACUUUAACACCAACAAUAAAUUAACAUUACAAACAGUUUUACUCAGUGAAUUUUGCCAUUUUAAACUUAAAGUUAUACAUUUUGUGUAGACCUCUGUACAAUGUUGAAUUAACAACACUGCUGAUUUUGUAUUAAUAAUGUAAAAAUAAUUAAAUAGUAACACAACUUAAUUUAAUUAAUUGUAUAUAUAAAGUGCAAUACUUAUAGAUCCAAUAAUUUAUAUAAAAUAUUAUGUAAAAAAUAAAUCAUUUCUAGUUUUGUACAAAUGAUUUCUUUGUAAUGAUAAAACUAAAACCAAUGGUACUAAUGAUGUAAUGUUGUAUUUAUUUUUGCCAAAUGAUACGAAACAAAUACAACAUUUUUGUUUUAAUUUUUAUGAUAAUUAUAAAUAAAUAUAUGUUUGUAAGUGCGAGACGUAUUAUUGUACAUUUUAUUUAUGUUUGUUGUAUAAGUUUCUUUCAUUUCUUGUUAUUAUGUAGCUAUUUCUCAGUAAAUAUGAAAUUUUGAAAUUAAUUACGAUACAAAAAAAAUUGUUUACUUUAGAAAGAUUUUAACAGUUUCAAGUUUAUUAAUAAUGAAACUUAAUUUUUAAUCCUUUUGUGUUUCUGUAUUUGAAUUUAAAAAUAAUUACUGAAAAUACUGUAAAUAAAAAAAAUGUUUGUAUUGUUUUGUAUAAAAAUUAUGUUACCAAUAUGUUUGAAUGUGUUGUAUUUUUCUAUCAAUAAAAAUCUUUUCUAUGAAUCCA